CUGUCCUCGUCCCCCGUGCCCCCGCCAUGUCCGUCGGUCUCGCCGAGCUCGCCACGCUGCGCGAGCUGUACAAGUCCGGGGUGCUCAAGAGCGCAGAGGCGGCCUCGCUCCGCCACCCGGCGAAGUCGGCGCUUCUGGACCGUGUGUCACUGUACCAAGGCGACAUCACAGAGUUGGAUGUGGAUUCCAUCGUCAACGCCGCAAAUAGAAGUCUUCUCGGGGGCGGCGGAGUCGACGGCGCCAUACACGCUGCAGCCGGCCCGUCGCUGCUCGACGAAUGCCGUAAUUUGAAUGGAUGCGACACCGGAGACGCAAAGAUCACGAAGGGGUAUGAUCUGCCAGCCCGUCACAUCAUUCACACUGUCGGCCCGGUCUACUCGUCCUCGGGCGUGGACGUCAAGGCCCAGCAGCUCGCGUCGUGCUACAAGACGAGCUUGGAACUUGCUGCGAACAACUCGCUUAAGCAUAUCGCGUUCCCCUCCAUCUCCACCGGCAUCUACGGAUAUCCCAUCCGCGAUGCCACGCAUAUUGCCCUCGACGUCGUGAGACGGUUCUUGGAGUCUCCAGAAGGAGACAAGCUUGAGCGCACUAUUUUUGUCGUAUGGAGUAACGCCGACAAGCUGGUGUACGAAAACUUGCUCCCGCUAUACUUCCCUGCAGGCGCAGAUGACGCGGGAGACAGCGCAGCCUGAAAUAUAUGGAGACGCAAGUAGGAAAUUUCCAGGAUGUAUGAUGAAAGUGUACAAUAUGGAUCGUCAGUGAUUUCCUUCGAAUGUUGAUCAUGAUAAUGCUUGUCA